UCAGCGAGUCUCUCCGAAAGCCAAAUGUGGGGUUUAAAGGCAGUUUUGUGGGAGGGUUUUGAUUUGAUGCUUCCUGAAUGACCAAAUUCAUCCUCUCCUUAGAGCCGAUUCGAUUCCUACUCAUAGAAGACAAAAAAAAAAAAAGAAAAAAAAAAGAAGGGUUUUGGAUGGAGAAUUACGAAGGCGAUUUGAGUGAUAUUGUGAGAGGAGGAGGAAGGAGAAGUAGUUGUAGUUCCUACGGAUGCAAAUCACAAGAUGUUGCCCACCAACCCUUUUGUUCAUCACAACAAUCUUGGGAAUUUUCAUCCAAACAUGAAGAUGAAUUCAGUUUCGGGGAUCCCUUUUGUGGUGCACCCAUCAGAGAUCCACUUGUCGAGGACAGAGGAAGUGUGUUGUUUGGUGUGGAUGAAGACGAUGAGCUUAUCAAACCACCCUCCAAUGUAUUCUCACGCAUGCUUCAACACUUACUUCUUCCCCUUCCAAUUUCCUAAUUCCUUCUCCCCUUCACAUCUCUUCUCCUACCAAGCCGCCUGGAAGAGGCAAGCGAGGAAGGUGGUGUGUGUUCCUGCUCCAGUGGGUGGCAGUAGCAGCCGCAGCAGCAGCAGACCAAAUGGGGAACUUAUUCCUUCUGAUCUGUGGGCUUGGAGGAAAUAUGGUCAGAAACCCAUUAAAGGCUCUCCCUAUCCUAGGGGGUACUACAGAUGCAGCAGCUCAAAGGGUUGUUCGGCCAGAAAACAAGUGGAGAGAAGUAGAACAGAUCCCAACAUGCUGGUGAUUACUUACACAUCCGAGCACAACCAUCCAUGGCCAACUCAGAGAAACGCUCUAGCAGGCUCUUCAAGGUCCCAACACUCCAAACACAAUUCUUCUUCAAAGCCCUCUCCCGCUACACCUCAAACCCCAACAACAAUAAUCCAGGAAGAUCAAACCAAGAAUGAAGCAACGAGAUCAUCACCAUCAUCAUCAAAUAACAAGGUUAAGGAAGAAGUUGUUGAGGAGAUUGAGAAACAGUUGGAAACAGAAGAGCAUCAUGAAUUGAGUGAAGGGUUUCAAUAUAGGGUGCCUGCAAUGCCAAGCAAUACCACCAACAACAAUCAAAGCGAUGAUUUUUUUGCAGAUUUGGAAGAAUUAGACACCCACUCUUUAACCCUCUUCUUCACUCGACCCCACAAAUCAGAGCAAUGCAAAGGGGGCGGUGGGUUAGACGACGUCCUUGCAUUCAAUCCUCCCUUUGAUUGGCCACCACCUCAAAACAACAACAACAACAAUUCACAAAUUCCAUGAAGAUCCUCAAUUCACAAAUUCCUUUUUCUGUUUCCUCCAAGUAAAUUAUAGGUAUCUGGGUACAUUUCUAGAGUGGCAAAGAAAAGGAAAAGAAACAAAAGUUUAUAGGUUUGGAUAUUGGAUUGAAGAAUAAAUGUGAAUGAAUGAAUGAAGUAAAUGAGUGUUAGUG